UGCAGUUUACUAGAAAUUCUACUAAAGACAAAAUGUUCCCAUAUUCAUGGCUUUCAUCAACAAUAAAUUGGUCUCUUCUUCCGAUCCAUCUUCUCGGAAUUUUCUACGUUUUCGUCGCGUUCAACUUUCGCCCAUCACACAUUUCCGACAGAUCUUACCUCAAAGAAUGGUACUAUUACAAUUGUGUCUUCCAAUUGGGUCUCGGAAUACUUAUGAUACCUGAAAUAUUGACUAGUUCGCUUAGUGGUUGGCACUAUUCGGUGUGUCAUUCUGGAACACUUUACACAGGAUUCUUCUCCGGAAGUGUAGUAGCAAUCUGGACGUUCACAAAAGUCGUCGACCUCCUCGAAACGAUGCUUCUUCUUUACGAUGCUCGUCGUCCACUAACCAUUCACAUCAUUCAUCAUUUCUUAUCACUUUCGUUCGCCUUCACAUUUUAUUCUCAAAAUUUCGCACUUCAUCGAUGGAUUGUGUUCUUCAAUUUGACCGCCCACGUCUUUUUGUACGCUUAUCUGUCGGGAUUCAAAAUUUUGAAUCGAUGGACGCCGUGUUGGGUUGCCGUGUGCUCGUCGCAGAUGCUUCAGCUCAUUCUUCCGUUUAUUGCAACGUUUUCGGCGGCGGCGAAACUGGCACGUGGAACCCGGUGUGAUGCAAACGCGCUCGGUCUGCUAACACUGCAAAUUGGGCUCGGUGUCCUGAUCAUUCUAUUCGCCGAAUUCUAUUGGUCACGAGUUCAAGCGUUCCGUAAGAAGAAUAUGAAGAGUGGAGGAGGAGGUACCAGUAAUAGUGACAGUUCGGAGCAAGAAUCGGAGAAAGUUCUGAAGAAGCUGAAAGCCAGAAGACCGUCGGAUGAAACUGUCAUGUUUGAGAACGAUUUUCCUGAAUUGAGAUCUGUCAUUUUUUCGCCAUAAUAUCGAUUUUUGAUAGGGAAAUAAAUUAUUUUUGGGAAAAA